AUGGAGCCGCCGUCCGGGCACUGCCUCCUUCUGCUCGGCACCCUGGGGGUCUUCGCCCUGCAGCGCGGCACCGCGGGGCAGAAGAACAGCACCCUGAUUCUCGCCCGGGAAAACGCCAUUCGGAACUGCACCUGCUCCGCCGACAUCCGGGACUGUGACUACAGUUUGGCCAACCUGAUGUGCAGCUGCAAAACGGCCCUGCCCCUGGCGGUGGAGCGAGCCCGCUACCACGGCCGCCUGACCGUCUGGUUCACGGACACGUCCGCCCUGGGCCGCCUGCUGAACUUCACGCUGGUCCAGGACCUGAAGCUCGCCCUGUGCAGCACCAACACCCUCCCCACCGCGUACCUGGCCAUCUGUGGGCUGAGGCGGCUCCGCAUCAACGCCGAGGGCAAGCAAGCAUGGGCAGAGCAGAGCUUACUGAUCCGCGGCGGGGACAGGGACGCCGAAGAGAAGGCCCCGCGGCCACACAAAGGCUGGCCGCUGUGUCUGCACAUCUCCUUCUUGGACGUGGCUCUCUUCAACAGGGACUCCUCCUUAAAAUCAUACAGUGUAGAGAACGUCACCAGCACCGCCCACGACUUCCCGGAUUUCUCUUACUUUAAGACGUUCCCCGUGGCAAGCAACACAAGCUGUGUCGUCACAGUCAUUUACUAA